AUGUCUUACAAUCCACCUUCAGAAACACAAAACGUUAGUUUGAUAGAUCAGGUCAUCAAAGUUCUUUCACAAUCAACCAACAUCUCUCUUCUUACACAGUACUGCCAAUCCGUGCACAUACCCACUCCAUUAUGGAGUGAAUCAUCAACAGUUAUUGGUACAGGUAUGUACUCCUACAACAUCACCAUGAUCAUUCAAGGCCUCAAAUUUCAUGUAGCCGAUGUAUCAAGCAAACUAAAUGGGCGAAAGGUAAUUGCUCAAGCUGCCGUCGACUAUUUCUUCAAAGAACAAAACCCUUUCUUUGUAGAGAAUCGACAUCCAGGUUUCGUUCCAUUAUUGGGUAUUUUUUGCCAGGCUAUCAAAGCUCCCACUCCAAAAUUUUCAUAUACUCAGACCACUGGAUUUCUGGCCGAGGUCUUCAUUUUCAAGUCUUACAUGACCACUACGCCUAGAUUACGAAAGCAGCAGGCAAAGGAAGAUGCUGCCGAAAUUGCGUUUCGGGAAAUGGUAGAUGAACCAUCUAUAGGCUAUGUCUUUAUGCGAGACUUUUACCUUCUAAGCUCUGUAGAUGCUUCAGCAAAAGUUUCCAUAGAAGCUCUUGAAACGACCACGGACUCUGUAGCUUUUCAAGCAGAGUCGCUCAACUUCAAUGCUGUAGCUAAGCCAGUUUUACAGCAAAUACCGCACCAAGUGAGCCAUGUAUCAUUGUUGGCAAAGCUGGUGGCAAAUGAUCCCAAAAAUGGCCGGCCAAUUUACAACUAUCGAGCAAUUUCAGAACCCAAAUGUGGGAAAACAGUCUAUAUUUCUCAACUCAUUGUAAAAGGCAUCAUGUUUUUAUCUAAAGAGACACAUUAUAUUCAAUCCCAAGCGGCAGAAGAAGUCUCCAAAGAAGCCUUAAAACAGCUUUUUCCAGAUGAAUACAAUUUUGACGCAAAUCGAUUUAUGGUAUCAGAUGCUUCAUUGGCUAAAAUGACAACUGAUACAAGCCCUUCUAAGAUUGGAAUUGAAAAGAAUCAGGAUAAAGGCGCGCAAGUAUUUCAACCGCCGUUUUCAAAGUAUUUGAAUAGUUCACUGGACUCUCAGACGAAACAUACGUUACCGCCCACGGUAAAAAAUGUCUUUAUGUAAUUCCAAAUUACUAGACGAGAGAGCCAAAUAUACUAAUGGUAAAGAAGUUUGGGGAAAAUACUUGCAUAUUCUAGCUGCUUAAGUUGUCAGAAACUGGCCAUUAGUUGAUUUAUUUAUCUAACAAGACACAAUAGUGCAUUGGAUCAAGAUUCUGUAUAGUGAAUUAUAAUUGUUUUCACUACCUCUGAAAAACCACAGAGAACACUGGCUUCAAAGAUUUAUGCCAGUAAAACUCAGUUUAUCGAAUGAAUUUAAUAAAAAGG